AUGAAAGUGAAAGUCCCAAAGGACUUCAAAGACCCUAACAUGACCCCCUAUGAUGGUACGUUCGACCCGAGUAAUCACCUCAACAACUUCAGGAGCCGGAUGUACAUCACAGAUGCCUCAGAUGCGACCCGUUGCAAAGCUUUCCCGACCACCUUAACCAAGACGACAAUAAAGUGGUUUGACAGCUUACCACCAAUGUCGAUCACAAGCUUCGAUGACCUCACCAAAAAUUUCCUAGCCAAGUUCUCCAUCCAGAAAGACAAAACCAAGCACGCUCUAAGCUUGCUAGGGAUUAAACAAGGAGCUCGGGAAAGCCUCCGCGGUUACAUGGAAAGAUUCAAUAAAGCAUGUUUGGACAUACAAAAUCUUCCAACAAAAGCAGCCAUCAUGAGUCUCAUCAAUGGCCUACGGGAAGGACCCUUUAGUCACUCCAUAUCCAAAAAAUACCCAACAUCUCUCAACGAGGUUCAAGAACGGGCAAAAAAAUACAUUAAUAUGGAGGAGAACUCCCGAUUAGGAGAAACCUCAAAGGCUCGAUUCUCCUACCCACCUCGGGACAAUGAUAAAGAGUCUAGGAAGAAAGAAGACCAACCUACUAAGAAAUCUAGAAAGUACCACAACUACACCCCUCUUUGGGUGUCCCUUGUGGAUGUUUACCAGGAGAUAUGCAACACUGAGAAUAUCUCACCUCCUCGCCCGAUUAAACAUAAGAGAGGAGGAAGUUGGACAGAGUAUUCCGAAUACCACCGAAUCUACGGGCAUUCUACCAACGAGUGCUACGACCUAAAGAAUGUCAUAGAAAAAUUGGCACGAGAAGGGAGACUAGAUCGGUUAUUAGCCAAUAGAGCGGAUGAACCAAAAAAGAGAAGAAGGGAUGAAGAGGUCAGACGAGUUGAACGUCCCCCUCACACCCUUGAGAGACAUGUUCACAUGAUAAAUGGAUGA